AUGUCAUACAUGGACGAAUUAUCCGACUUCACCGAAACCCUUUCCCAAUUAUAUGAAGAACAUGCAAAUGCCCUACAAACUUUAGUAUCUAAUUAUCGCAAAAAGAAUGCAGAGCUACGAAAAGAGAGGCCCGCAUGUCACUUGGCAAUUUUCCAAGCAUGGGAAACAUUCCUACAAGAAGUUGAAAACGACUCCCAGGCAUCAAACGAUGUGGCCAGUGUGUUAUCACGGCAGGUAUCACGUCCAAUGUUAGAUAAGUCGUUUCAUCGAAAAGUCCAAAGUCGAAAAAUAUUUACACACAGGGAGUCUUUUGAGACUAUAAUUGCAAAGACUGAAGAAAAGCUGUCAAAGUGCCGUCUGGAUUAUAAGCAAGGUUAUAUGGCGCAUCGUCAAAACCCUACACAGCUUUCACUCACGGAAUACAUUGACGCACACAAUGCCUACGUGCAGCAAUUACAUGCCACAAAUGCGAUGCUGGAGCAAUACCACUGUGAAACUGUGCCACAACUGAUGCAGGAACUCGAGGAAAUUCAUAAUGAUUUAUGCAGUAUUAUUGCGGAUUCGAUACUACAAGGCGUUGACAUUAUUGCAAAUAAGGUGCGUACUCAUUCAGAUAAUAAUAAGUAA